AUGUUACCAAAUGGAGAAAGUGAUUCGGAUCUUAUGCGUCUGGUGAAGGAGCUUCAAGCUUCUCUAACGAGGAACGAUAAACUGGAGAAGGAAAAUCACGAGCUGCGUCAAGAAGUCGCCCGCUUAAGAGCACAAGUAAGCAAUCUUAAAGCACAUGACAGUGAGAGGAAAGCAAUGUUAUGGAAGAAGUUGCAGAGCUCAUAUGAUGGUGGCAACACAGACGGAUCUAACCUGAAAGUGCCAGAGAGUGUCAAAUCUAGCAUAAAUCCAAACCUGAAGCCAACUAUCAAAGAACAGUCUACAGGUACAAAUCCGCCGCCACCUCCACCACUUCCGUCAAAAACAACAACCCUUGGAAAAAGGUCUGUGCGGCGUGCUCCAGAAGUUGUAGAGUUGUACCGUGCCCUAACGAGGAGAGAGUCUCAUACGGACAACAGGAUCAAUCAGAAUGGAGUUUUGUCUCCUGCAUUCAGCAGAAACAUGAUUGGUGAGAUCGAGAACCGUUCCAAAUAUCUUUCAGAUAUUAAAUCUGACAUAGAAAGAAACAGAGAUCUUAUCGAUGACUUAAUCAGUAAAGUGGAGGCUGCAACAUUUGCAGACAUAUCAGAAGUGGAGACGUUUGUGAAAUGGAUAGACCAAGAGCUAUCUUCCUUGGUUGAUGAAAGGGCAGUCCUAAAGCAUUUCCCUAAAUGGCCAGAGCGCAAAGCAGAUUCACUAAGAGAGGCCGCUUGCAAUUACAGAGGACUAAAAAGCCUUGAAGCAGAAGUUUUGUCAUUCAAGGAAAAUCCAAAGGAACCUCUAAAGCAGGUCUUGCAAAGGCUUCAAUCGUUAGAAGAAAGUGUUCACAGCACAGAGAAGAUGAGAGACACUUCAGGGAAGAGAUACAAUGAUUUUCAGAUACCGUGUGAGUGGAUGCUCGACGCAGGAUUAAUUGGACAGCUAAAAUACAGCUCACUGAGGCUAGCUCAGGCGUACAUGAAGCGAAUAACCAACGAGCUAGAAUCAAAGGGAGGCGGUAAAGAAGGAAAUCUUAUGCUGCAAGGGGUUCGAUUUGCGUACACAAUACACCAGUUUGCUGGCGGUUUUGACGAAGAGACAUUAAACAUAUUUAAUGAGCUGAAGAAGAUCACUACAAGUGAUCAUCCCAGAAGAUGA